GGGCGCGCCCUCCUCCCACCUCCCUCAGGGUCGCGCGGGCUCCGCCCUCUAGAGGAAACAUCUCCCUCUUCACCCCGCCCACUCGCAGACGCAGUGCUGCAGACGCAGUGCUGCGCCCACAGCUGCGGGACAAAGGAUGACGUCCGGAGCCGGAGCCAUGGCUGCGAGUGAGCUGAGCGUGGCUGUAACCGAGAGGCCCGCGCCGCCGUCGGGGAAAGAGGAAGGGUCUGGUCCGAGCUCAGGCCCGGAGCGUAACUCUACGGGCUCCUCCUCGAUUCCUGAGACCCCACCGCCUGCCCCCGAGCCCUCCGGCCCCAACGCCGCGGUCCCCGAAGCGAAUUCUACGCCUCCCUUGGCGGCCGCCGCCGCCCUGGAGCUGCCCCUCGGGCCAGCACACCUGGGCUCCUCGCCGCUUGCCGAAGCCGCUCCGCGCUCCCCUCCAGGCCCUGGCGGUUCCCGACCCGGCCCAGAGACGUUCCGCCAGCGAUUCCGGCAGUUCCGCUACCAGGAUGCAGCAGGCCCGCGGGAGGCGUUCCGACAGCUGCGGGAGCUCUCUCGCCAGUGGCUGCGGCCCGACAUCCGCACGAAGGAGCAGAUCGUGGAGAUGCUGGUGCAGGAGCAGCUGCUCGCCAUCCUGCCCGAGGCGGCGCGGGCCCGGCGGCUUCGCCGCCGCACGGACGUGCGCAUCACUGGCUGAGCGGCGGAGCUGUGGGCGGCCCGGCUCGGGCGCUCUCCGGACCAGAGCCCUGAUCGGGUCCGGGGCCCUGAGCCUGGCUCCCCGUUACGCGUUAAUGAAAAACGAGUUUGGGCAGUUCCUGCAGUCUCGUGUGUCCUUUCGGUUCGUUCUUUACCGUACUUAUUAUCCCGAGCCUAUUUCCAACCUCCUUUCUGGCUGGUGGUGAAAUCAAGUUGGGAGCCCAUGAGAAUAAAGUCUUUGUUUCU